GUGUGUACAGUUUUAUCUCUGAUAAUGUAACGGAAUUUUCACGUACACAGCUUUCUCAGAUCUUUCUCAUGCAUUGACCUACUAGAAAAAUCUAAGUUACUCAUGGGUUCUAUCAGAGCAGACAUAUAGGGCUGAUAUGAUGGAGAGGUAGAUUUUAUGGUUUUAACAAGUGUAUUUUUAUGAGGAAAUAUAUCGCUGCAGACCUGCAGACAUGAAGAUAACCGACAGCGUGCUGCGAAGUUUCAGGGUGGCCAGGUCAUAUGGAGAAAAUUCUGAAAAAGUCAACUGUGUUGAUUUCAGCCCAAAUGGUGAGAACGCAGUAUCAAGCAGCGACGACGACUGCAUUGUGUUAUAUGACAUCCGGGAAGGGAAACCUAAGAGGACUCUGUACAGCAAGAAGUACGGAGUGGACCUGAUCCGUUACACACAUGGAGAUACACAGACAGUGGUCUACAGCUCCAACAAACUGGAUGAUACCAUCAGAUACUUGUCACUGACUGACAACAAGUUCAUCAGGUAUUUUCCAGGUCACACUGCAAGGGUUAUUGCUCUGUCCAUGUCACCGGUGGAUGAUACAUUUAUAUCUGGCUCAUUAGAUAGAACUAUCAGAAUCUGGGACCUGCGCUCCCCAAACUGUCAAGGUCUAACUAAUCCACUGGGGAAACCUGUGUGUUCUUUUGACCCUGAUGGUCUGAUAUUUGCUGCCGGGGUGGAAUCACAGGCCAUUAAACUGUACGACCUCCGGGCUUUUGACAAGGGUCCCUUUGCAUCCUUUGAAUCAAGGUUUAAUCGUGUCUGUGAUUGGACAGGACUAAAGUUCAGCAAUGAUGGGAAACAGAUUCUAAUCUCUACAAACGGAGGGAUGAUUCGCAUCCUGAACGCCUUCAAUGGAUCUGUGCUGCACACUUUUUCUGGCUACAACAACAGUAAAGGCAUCUCCCUGGAGGCCUGCUUCACUCCAGACUCACAGUUUGUCAUGAUUGGCUCAGAGGAUGGGAGAGUCCACGUCUGGAGCACUGAGAGCGGGAUGAAGGUGGCGGUGCUUGACGGGAAACAUCCAGGACCCAUUAACACUCUGCAAUUUAACCCCAGAUACUUGACAUUUGCCAGUGCCUGCACUCACAUGUUGGUGCUAGACUCAUACAGAGAGCCUGCACAGAACUGGGACAAGGAUUACGAUUACUUCCUGCUUCCUCUGCUCACACCUCAGGAACCAUGCUACAUCCUCUACCGCCUGGAUUCCCAGAAUGCGCAGGGAUACGAGUGGAUUUUUAUCGCCUGGUCACCUGACCAAUCACCAGUGAGGCAGAAGAUGGUGUAUGCAGCCACCCGAGCCACGCUCAAGAAAGAGUUUGGAGGAGGUCACAUUAAGGAUGAAAUGUUUGGCACAGUCGAAGAAGAUGUGUGUUUCCAGGGAUACCUGCGACACAUGUCCUCCUGCUCCUCCCCGGCUCCACUCACAGCAGCCGAGCAGGAGUUACAACAAAUCAGAGUCACGGAGGUGAAGUUUAAGCAAGAUGAGGCCAAACGAGCUCUGCAGCAACUCAAGCAGAGACGCAUCAACUACAUACAGCUGAGGCUGGACGUAGAGAGAGAGACCAUCGAGCUGGUUCACACCAAACCUACAGAGACCCACGAGCUUCCCUUCAGGAUCCCUUCAGACUCACCGAGAUAUCACUUCUUCAUCUUCAAACAUUCACACCAGGGCCAGCGGCAGGAGGCGCUGGUAUUCAUAUAUUCGAUGCCUGGGUACUCCUGCAGUAUCAAGGAGCGGAUGCUGUACUCCAGCUGUAAGAACAGGCUACUGGAUGAGGUGGAGAGAGACUACCAGCUUGAGGUCACCAAAAAGAUGGAGAUUGACAGUGGUGAUGGCCUGACAGAAGACUUCUUGUACGAGGAGGUCCACCCAAUGGAGCACACCUUGAAGCAGGCCUUCACUAAGCCCCGCGGCCCGGGAGGGAAGAGGGGCAACAAACGCCUCAUCAAGGGUGCAGGAGAAAACGGGGAAGAAAGUUAGAUACUAGAAAUUUACACACAAGACAUUAUAUACCUGCAAACAUGGAAACCAGAACCAAAUCUUUGAAUUGACUUGUUAAUUGACUUCUACUCAUUCUUUCUUCAUACUUACAGACAUUUCACACUGAAAACAGGGAAGACACGAUCCACUAUAAAGCAGGAUUCAUAUUUAUUUUCUCAUGAUGAAAUCUGUGAACAUUUUCAUGUAAUAGUUGUUAUGAUUCAAAAUUGUCUUAAAAACACAAUUCAGAAACUACUUUGUAAGCCCAAGGAAGACAACGGGUGGCCUGAGUCUAAAUGGGAUGACUGAAUGAUACUCAGACAUGGUUUAUGAAAAUUAGAUACAAAACUCACCAAAUAAACAUCAAUGUAGCACCAAUAACAAGUUUGGACAAACUUGUACUAUCUUUAGAUUUGUUAGAACUGAAGUAUGACAUUUUGUGAGUAACCAAUUUUUUAUUUUUCAUUUUCUUGUAUUUAACUUUUUAUUCAUUUUGGACUGAUUUUGCAGGUGUACAUUGUCCAAUAUUCUGUCAGUACAAUUUAUACAGUCACAGUUGUGAUGAUGACAAUGCAUAAGAGAACAAAAUGACAACAUAAGUGAUCAGUUUUCUUGACAAGAGUUAAAGGAGAACACUAACACCACUGUCAUGCCUGUAUGUGAAAUAAGAAGCUGCAGCCACUUGGCAGUUAGCUUAGUUUAUCUCGUACACUGUUAAAAGGGAAAACAGCUGGUCUACCUCUGUCCAAAGAUAACAAAACCCAAUAUCUUUCAAACGCUGGUUCAAGCUAAUUUGGUAGAGGCACCCGGUGUACAGACGCUGCACUCCUGAAUGCAUCAGUAGACUCCCAGUAUUGACCUUUCCAUAUUUCUUCCCCUGCUCGCUUUACCCCAAAUUUCCUGUCUUUCUUCAGCUGUCCUUUCCAAUCAAAACUACCUCUCCCCCUCCAAAAAAAGAAAAAACAUCAUUCAAAAUGAUGUGUCCAAACAAUCAACUAGUUUGAAAAUUUGGUUAUUUUACAAAGCAAAAAGUUGCAUAGCUUUCUUGAGCUAAACUGAAGGAUUUUUGAAAAUUCACCAGAGCUGCCCUUAAUGUUGUUGUCACUGUGACAUUGCUUGUAGGAAUUUUUAAUGGCAAUAUGGUGCUUGCAUAUUGUAAAAAACAAACAGACCCAGAUAUACCAGUAGUAUGCAUUUCAGGUCCAGUAAGUUUCAUACAAAGAUCUGUAGAGAAACCUUAAAUACGGUUGUAUUGUGUUGCAUUGUAAAUAUGAUAUAUUUCUGUCUGUUUCUCUUUUUUCACAAUCAGUAUAGCAUUUAUAACUCAAACUCUAGCAUACUUAACAGGAGAGAAUCUCAAAUGCAGCAUGAUUACCUAAGUGUCCUUGUCACUGUUGGGUUGCCAGACAACCAGCUAAGACUUAUAAUAAAACCAGAGGUUUUAUCACAAGGAUGAAAAGCUUGAUAUUUAAAAUCAUUAUUCAAUUGUAUUGAUUAUUUAUUCGUUGCCAAUCACAUUUCAAGUUGCAGGCAACAUAUCCGGUCUGAUACACCUUAUUUUGUUUCUGCUAUUCUUUUAUUAUUAUCCCUUUUUUUGAUUCCUUCACUUUUGUGUUUUCAGCUAUUCACAAUCGUGAAAAUGAUUUGACAUCUUGUCUUUAUGGUGGAUUCUCCUUGAUUUUCUCUACAGCCAGCCUAUGCUUUUCCCACGGUUCAAUUUUUACCACAUGCUUGCUCAUUACAUGUUAAGUCGCCUUCUCCAGUCACCUGACGAGGUUUGAUUUACAGUCAGCUGAAGGCAGUUGUUUUACAAGGUUCCACAAUAAAAUAUUUUCUGUA